AUGGCCGAAGCAUCGAAACCCCCGCCGAAGCGGCGGAUGAGAGUGCAAAAGUCGUGCACCGAGUGUCAAAAACGCAAGCAAAAGGUCGAGUCGAUCCCGAAGCCCGCCUAUGAGGACCAGGUCCUCACCUUUGAGCUGUCGUCCUUCUCUGUGGGGUCCGGCAAACGACCCGAGGACUCGUUUGCGAAUCACACGUCUGCGCGCUUGAAAGCUCCAGGACCCGUGGCUCUGCAGACGCAAGCGAAGGAAGUCGGCAAGAAGCCUGGUGCUCGUGGGGGUUCUUCCUGGACGGACUCUAGGAGAUCGUCCGAAGAAAAGCGACAGGAGAAUGAAGCCAUCAUGGCGAGGGCGCGAGCCCGGGCCAACCUCUUCCUCGACGGAAACGGCGACCCGAUGGCCUUUUUCUACAACAGUCCCACAUCCAUCGGAGGCAUUCUCACCGAGGUGACAACGCUCAAUGGGAUGCCGCUUCCUCAAGGUCCCAGAACCACGGAGCUUCUUCACUUCUACAUCCAAGUCGUCGCUCCCAACAUGGUGUCAAUCGACGGGCAAAGCCAGCCUCCCGUGUUUCUGGCAGAGGUUCUUCCGUGGAUGCUUCAGUCACCGCUGUUUCCAAACAUUGGUAUUCUCAUGUCGUCGACAACUCAAUCGUUGGAGCAUGGGCUGGAGAUCACCAAGAAUCCAGAAUCACUGGCCCUGAAAGCUCACGUUUUGUCAAUCAUCGCUGAGUACAUGGAGCGCCCGUUUGACGCAAUCGCCGUGGAGAUGGUACGAAGCGUUGUGAAUCUGGUGGUCAUGGAGUGGUUCUGGGGCGCUGACGAGAGCAUGUUUGCUCACAUGAGAGGCAUCAAACGCAUGAUCAAGCUGCGCAAUGGGAUGAGAGGGCUGAAAGACAUUGUGGGCGAGUCGAUCAUGAUUUUGACCGACUAUGAGAUUGCAUGCUGCUUCGAGACCGACCUCUACUGGCAGGAAUACGACCCGGUUCGGGACGAAGAAAUACCAGUUCCAACGACGUGGCCGGACGGGUACGACAGCCCACUGCUGGCUUCACCGACAAGCUUCGAGAGUGUUGCGGAGACGCUUGGGUUGUGCGUGGAAGCAGCGCGAGUGCUCGACGACGUGCGUUUUCUCACGAUGUCGGUGACCUCGGCGGCGGCAGGGUUGGCGACAGGAGGAAGCCCGAAGAUCCGAAGCACGGCAUCGUGGCUGUACGAUAAGCUGGGAAAUUUGGGAGCGUCACGUUCGCGGCCCACAGAAGCCAGCUCAGAGGCGGACUGGGUGCUUGAGACAGUCAGGCUCGCGGGGCUGAUCUACAGUUGGGCGGUGAGGUCUCUCCGCCAAAUUUCAAAGUUUGACGAUCAGGAGGUGCUGGAAGACGCGUACAUGGCAAUGCGACGGGUGAGUCUGGUGACCUGGAAGAAGAUUCCGGGGGUCUUCUUGUGGAUCAUGUUGGUGGCGGCACCCAACGCGGGAGCGGACGCCAAGGGCAGGUUCGUCCGGAGGAAAAUGGCCGUGACCGGGCUGUCGAUCGGGUUUGAGGACUUUGUGCUCGGGAUAUCGUAUCUGAAAUCGUUCUGGGCGGUCCAGCAGUGGAUCGCCAAGGAGGGCGAUGCAGGUGUGCAGCGGCUCGAGGACAAGUGGUCGCUCGGGCUGGGAAUGGGAAUGGGAAAGGAAAUGACUGCGACGGUGGCAAUGGGAGUGAGAGAAGGAGGAGUGAGAGGAGGAGUGGGAAUGGAGAGCGGCGGGCGGAAGCAGAAGCCGCAGCCGGAGAUGGAGCUUGCGAUAGAGCCGGGACACUGA